GGUCAACGAUGUCAAUCGAGGAAGGGGUGCCUGCGUCACGUUGAAGACAUAUUCAGGAUCGUCACCGGCAGCGAAAUGAUAGGUACUCAUAUAUAUUUCUCGAUCAGAUAACAAGGUAAAGCCGGCAGUUAGUUGCUGAAUAAUACCAAAUUUGCCCACCAAAUCCACCAACAUGAGGGGGGUGGGGGGAGGGAAUCGAGAUUCCCCGCCGGUAACCGUUUGCCCGAUUUCCAAUCCAGGAAUUCGGGCCCGUGAUGGUGUCAUCGACCACGCAUGAAGACAGAUCGGAUCUUUGCUGAGUAAACACCCGGAGCACGAAGGAACAAACCACCCAGAAACUCGGGGAAGGAUUUUCAUGGAAACAUUUCUCAAGCUUCAGACGGCCCGUACCAGCAAUCCAUGGGCUUGGAUAUCGGGCAAGUGUCGGUAUCACCACUGCUGCACCUGGCGAACGAGGUGGGAUUCGCCCCGGUUUCGCGGGACGUUUUUGUUCAACGCUGAAUAAUCCGUGUUUUCAAUCAGCAAUUGAGUUUCAGCCUCAACGACUUUUUUGGUGUGUCGCAAAAGAUGAAGGGUUGUCCAUGACGUCGAAAAUGUAGAGGGGCAAUGAUGUCCCGCUUUUACUCCGGGGUAGCAACCCUAACCCUGACCGACACCAUUCAAGGCUGUUUAUUGUUCGAGUUCAAUCCCUUUACUGUCAAUGGCACCCAUUUAUAUCUUCUGAUAGAUAUUAUUGACUGAACAAUUCUCAAUUUCAUGCUUUCCAUCAAGGCCGAAAUAGCGCUCCAUUGAAGAUUCACCGACAGCAACUGGGGUACCUACCGAGCAUCCGAACCCCCCCACUGAUUUUCAUUGCCCUGUUGCAUCGCCUCUGAAUAAAUAUCCGGUCCAAUCUUGCCGGGUUUAUGCUCCUCUCUCUUCUUUCUCUCUUAUCGUUCAAUUCCCACGUGUUUUUUCAUGUUUGCUUGUCAUCCCAAGUCCUCGUCGAUCUUGUUUCUCUUCGCAAUGCUUCCUUCCCAUCCAUGUCUGUGUAGCAAUCAUGCAAACAAUUCCCCCAUCGAAACUCGAAACAUGACGCGAGCGUCCCCUUCGUGAUUGGUGUGGGGGGCAGCCAUCUCGAAACACUCGCCAAAAGCGCUGCGACCUGCAAGAAAAAAGUCCGGGGUGUGGUUUGGUGGUGUUGGUGGUGUGGUGGUGCCGGUGGUGCCAAGCUUUCAGGGGCAGCUCUCAAGCAAACAUCACAGUCACACUCGGGGGUCGUCUACCGGUGCGAUCACGCUGUGCUUUUGGGUGCCCAGCAGCAAAGUGUUGAAACGAAACACAGGGGGAGCCACCUUGAACGAGUGUUCGCUUCGGGGACAAGGGUUGAUUGAUUGUUCAACAGAUCCGGGAAAGAAAGAAGCCAAAAAAAAGAUCCGAGAGCCUUGGGCCAUGAGAGAACAUGGGUCACGAUGCCACCUCGCGUCGUCUGACGCUUGUGAGAAAACGAUCCCUGGUAGGACAGGCAUGAGAGCUCGAGAACAAUCUACUUGAGAUGGGGAACCCCCCUCUCGCCACACACGAAGUCUAUUUCGUCGUCUUCUCUCUUUGUUUUUUGUUUCUUCGUUUUUUUUUUUUUUUUUUUUUUGGUGUUUCCCUCAUUCAUCAAACAAAACUGCUGGGUAAGUUGUGUUGUGUGCUGAGUGGAUCGUUUUGUCUGUUUGUUGCUUGGCUGGUCAUAAUAUUGUCUUGCUGCUGAGCGGCAAUCGAAACAAAAAGACAACCUUCGGUAGAAGACCACCAACAACUCACAAAGUCGGCCGGCUUGAGGUUGGACUUUGUUCACCAUCACUUAUACCGUGGUGUCUUUUUAUCAGCUGUUCGCAACACGUUGGCAGCAAAAACAACAGACAAGAUGAGGUGGAGUAACAAGCGCUCUGUCAUCGGGGACCUCGAAGGCUGCGAAGUCGUCCGCGUCCUCGUGGGCGAGGAACAACGCGAAUUCACCCUCCACCGCAAGCUCCUCUGCGACAGCUGCCCCUUUUUCAGAACCAACAUCGAGGCCAUCCCCACCCCCUCCCCUUCCAGCGCCUCCAGUUCAGACCAAGAUGAAGAAGACUCAGUCCUAUGGCUCCCCUCCGAAGCACCAGACAUGUUCGAAAUCUUCGUCCUCUGGCUCUACCAACGCCGCCGCUUCCACACCUUCAUGGACGACGUGAUCCGCACCAUCUCGCCCGACGAAUGCCGCGCCGUCCGCACCAACCUCGUCCGCCUCCACCUCUUCGCCGCGAUAAUCGACCUCCCCGGCCUCCAAGACCUAGCCAUGGACGCCCUGCAGGACAUGUACCUCCGUUUCGACUGGGACAUGUCCCCCCGCUUCCUGGCGUUCAUCUACGGCGACUGCGACCCCGAACAUGCGGUCAGGCUCAGAAAAUGGGGAGUGGCAAUGCUAGCCUGGACGCUCCACGGCGCGGAGAAGGCGUUCCUGUUGAACAACCAGAUCGACAAGCUGUUUGCUGCU